CUGUCGAGACCAACAGGUGGACUAGGAAGGAGGAGCACGCCAUACGCCCAUAGCCCCAUACCAUGACACGAUCUCUGCUCCGACCUGCAGCGGAUGCCAUCGCCAUGGCAAGCGCCACGAGAACGCGCACCCGAACCGCCGCCGCCCUCCUCCUCUACGCGCUCACGUUCCAGUUACUGACGCGCGCGUCAUCCACCACCGCGGUCACCGCCUCUCCACCGCCGGCAGCCGUCGCCGAAGCCCGCGCGCUGCUGCGGUGGAAGUCCACUCUGCCGCCGCCCGGCCCCACCCGCGCCCCGCUCUCCUCAUGGUCGCCCGCGACCGCCGCCUGCGCCUCGUGGGUCGGCGUCGCGUGCGGCGCCGGCGGCCGCGUCGCCGAGAUCGCGCUCCCCGGCGCGGGUAUCGCCGGCACGCUCGCGGCCCUCGACCUCGCCGCGUUCCCGGCGCUCGCGGGCCUCAACCUCAGCGGCAACCGCCUCACGGGCGCCAUCCCGGCCAGCGUCUCCGCGCUGACGUCGCUCGUUUCGCUCGAUCUGUCCGACAACGCCCUCACCGGCGGCAUCCCGGGGGCGGCGCUCGCGGCGCUGCCGGUGCUGAGGGUCCUCGUGCUGCGCAACAACUCGCUCGGCGGUGCCAUCCCGGCUUCUCUGGGCGGGCUGCGGACGCUGGAGCGGCUGGACCUGCAGGCCACGGGGCUGGUAUCCACGCUGCCGCCAGAGAUGGGAGGCGUGGCGAGCCUCAGCUUCUUGGACCUCUCCAGGAACAACCUCUCCGGCGGGCUGCCGCCGUCCUUUGCUGGGAUGAGCAAGAUGAAGGAAUUAUACUUGUCGAGAAACAGGCUCUCGGGUACGAUUCCGCCUCAGAUUUUCAAGAACUGGCCGAACCUAACCCUGCUCUACCUGCACUACAACGCCUUCACGGGAACCAUCCCAGCGGAGAUUGGAGAGGCGAAGAAGCUGCUUCGGCUAUCACUUUGGAGCAACAACCUCACCGGCGUGAUCCCAGCGGAGAUCAGCGGCUUGCCGAGCCUGCAGAUGCUGCACCUGGGACAGAAUUGCCUCACUGGGCCGAUCGCCCCUUCUUUGGGGAACCUGACUCAGCUUGUGAUCCUGGUUUUGUCCUUCAACAACCUCACAGGCAUGGUCCCUGCUGAGAUCGGCAGCCUGACAGCACUGCAAGACCUUGACCUCAUCAGCAACCAGUUGGAAGGUGAGCUGCCUCCUACCCUGUCAUUGCUCAAAGAUCUUUACUAUCUUUCCUUGGCGAGUAACAACUUCGUCGGCACUAUCCCGAGCUUUGCAAGUCAGAAGUUGGUCUCUGCUGAAUUGAAUGGUAACAAAUUCUCUGGAGGCUUCCCUCUGUCAUUCUGCCAGUUUACUUCCUUGGAGAUCCUGGACCUAUCUAGCAACCAACUUUCUGGCCAGCUCCCUAGCUGCAUAUGGGACUUGCAGGAUCUUAUGUUCAUGGAUUUGUCCAAUAAUGCUCUUUCAGGGGAUGUACUGGCUUCCACAAACUCUAAUUUAUCGUUGGAGUCAUUGCAUUUGGCAAAUAACAGAUUCACAGGAGGCUUCCCAUCAAUCACUCGCUACUUGAAGAUGCUAUCUGUCCUGGACCUUGGUGGUAACGUUUUUUCUGGCGCAAUUCCAUCAUGGAUAGGUUCAAGGUUACCUUUGCUAAGAUUUCUUCGACUGCGGUCGAACAGGUUCAAUGGCAGUAUUCCUUUGCAGCUGCUACAGCUCUCUCAUCUCCAGCUGCUGGACCUGGCUAGCAACAAUUUUGAAGGUCACAUACCAUGUGGCCUCACCAACUUAACAUCCAUGAUCCGACCACAGACUGAAUUCAACAUGAGGUCGACAAUGCACCAUCAAAUUUUAUAUAUGCAAGCUGAUUUUUAUUAUGCCGAUCGAGUGGAUGUGAACUGGAAGAUGCAGACUUAUGAAUUUCAAGGGGCAAUUGCGCUGAUGACCGGUAUCGAUUUGUCAGGCAAUUCUAUCAAUGGCGAAAUUCCAACUGAAUUAACAAAUCUUCAAGGCCUUCGGUUUCUGAACCUGUCAAGAAAUCAUCUAUCUGGUACUAUUCCUGUGAGUAUUGGCGAUUUAAAACUUUUGGAGUCCCUUGAUCUCUCAUGGAAUGAACUGUCUGGUCAUAUUCCUUCAGGCAUCUCGGAACUGAUAUCUCUUAGUUCGUUAAAUCUCUCUAACAAUAUGCUCUCAGGUGAAAUACCAACUGGUAAUCAACUCCAAACACUAACCGACCCUUCAAUUUACAGCAACAACUUUGGGCUUUGUGGCUUUCCAUUGAGUAUAUCAUGUCUCAAUGGUUCGAGUAUACAAACAUUGGACCGCAGUAAAGAAUUUGAAGGUGUCUAUGUCUACUACUCGAUAAUUGCCGGAGUUGUAUUUGGGCUGUGGUUGUGGUUCGGAUCAUUAGUUUUGUUCGCUCCAUGGAGAAUCUCAUUUUUCUACUAUGUCGAUUGCACCCAUAGAAAGCUUAUGAGAUAAAUCUUUAAAGUCUGUUGUUUUUUUUAAAAAAAAUGUAAAGUCUGUUGUUGUAAAAUUAAGUAAGGAUGUGUGCAAUACUAUUUUUCUUGUCAUCUACCUUUCUCUUUUCAAUUUACCUUUACUUUCUCUUUGGCAUAGUGCUUGAAAACUAUUUUGUGGCAGAUCUUGUGCAUGUAAAAGACAAUUGGCUUGUAGUCAAACAGCUAUUUGAAUUAAGAGGAUUCAAAUUUCGCCA